AUGUUAAGACUGCAAUUAAUUUCACGAAAAAUCUCUUUUAUGAGAAAAGUUCUUUUUUUUUGUGAUUGUCAUAAUGCUCAUGCAACUUUGUCAGUUAUUUAUGAAGUCUACGAAAAUUAUCAUGUCAAACCGCACAAUAGCGUCUCCAUUCUUAUGCAAAGUUCAUCUGAAGACGAUAAUGCUGAGAACAUUCUUUUUUUUUGCAAGAAUUAA